AUGAACAUCUGUAUUGAGCCUGACGAGUUAAAUGUGAUACACGUGGAUUGCCCCCUGAAAUGUGUGUACAAAAACCCUUGCGUGAGAGCUAAUAAACGGAUUGCUAUUGACCACCAGCUUCUCCCCCUCCACGUGGUUCUUUCUCGGUGGCGGCGGGAGUCCACGGUGCACGAGGGCCAGGGCAGAGGCUUCUCCCCUUCCCACUCCCUCUCCUAUACUCAAGAGAAGCGGGUUCGAGGAGCGGACACUCAAGGCUUCCUCAUGGCAGCGGCGCACGGAGCGGUGGCGCUGGGAGGCCCGAGCCAGUCGGCAGAACCAAAGAAAGAAUCUUCCCCCCCAGAAGCAAAGAAAGAAUCUGGCCCCCCAGAACCAAAGAAAGAACCUGACCCAAAUACCUCGAAGAAAGAUGCCCAAACCCCCAACCUGAAGAGAGGGGCCCCGGGGCUGGCCCAGCCCUCAGGGGGCAGCAAGGACCCUAGUGCUGAGCCUGCGGAGGGCAGCGCCGGGCAGCCUGCGGCCCUGCCUCAGCAGACCAGCACCCCGACGGCCGCGGCCCAGGGCCCCGGAGAGCCCAGUGCCCGGAAGAAGGAGGCAGGGGCCCACGCAGCCAGGAGGGGCUCCCCUGCCUUUCUGCAUAGCCCCAGCUGCCCGGCCAUCGUGUCCAGCUCCGAGAAGCUGGUGGCGGAGAAGCCCCUGAGUGACGCAUCCAAACUCAUCUUCGAAGGGGUGCCCGUGACCCCUGGCCCGGCAGAGCCCUGCACAGCCAAGGCAGUGGGAGAGAAGAGCCUUGCAGGCAGCUCUAAGGAAGGAGAGAAGGCCCCGGGUCAGGCUGGCCAGGAUAAGGCGCAAGGGGACACCUCGAGGGGGACGGCGCCCCAGGCUGUCCCCUUGGAGACAUCCGAGGUGGGGCAAGCCCUCACAGCCCGGGAGGAGGACUGCUUCCAGAUUUUGGAUGACUGCCCGCCGCCCCCUGCCCCCUUCCCGCACCGCAUCGUGGAGCUGAGGAGUGGCAGCGUCAGCAGCGAGUUCAGCAUGAACUCCAAGGAGGCGCUGGGCGGCGGCAAGUUUGGAGCCGUCUGUACCUGUGUGGAGAAAGCCACGGGCCUCAAGCUGGCAGCCAAGGUCAUCAAGAAACAGACGCCGAAGGACAAGGAGAUGGUGAUGCUGGAGAUCGAGGUGAUGAACCAGCUGAACCACCGCAACCUGAUCCAGCUGUACGCGGCAAUGGAGACGACCCACGACCUCAUCCUGUUCCUGGAGUACAUCGAGGGCGGCGAGCUCUUCGAGAGGAUCGUGGACGAGGACUACCAGCUGACUGAGGUGGACACCAUGGUGUUUGUCAGGCAGAUCUGCGACGGGGUCCUCUUCAUGCACAAGAUGAACGUGCUUCACCUGGACCUCAAGCCAGAGAACAUCCUGUGCGUCAACACCACGGGCCAUUUGGUGAAGAUCAUCGACUUCGGCCUGGCACGGAGGUACAACCCCAACGAGAAACUGAAGGUGAACUUUGGAACCCCCGAGUUCCUGUCACCCGAGGUGGUGAACUACGACCAAAUCUCCGAUAAGACGGACAUGUGGAGCAUGGGGGUCAUCACUUACAUGCUGCUCAGUGGCCUGUCCCCCUUCCUGGGCGACGACGACACGGAGACACUGAACAACGUGCUCUCUGCCAACUGGUACUUUGACGAGGAGACCUUCGAGGCCGUGUCGGAGGAGGCCAAAGACUUUGUCUCCCACCUGAUCGUCAAGGACCAGGGGGCCCGCAUGAGCGCUGCCCAGUGCUUGGCCCACCCGUGGCUCAACAACCUGGCAGAGAAAGCCAAACGUUGCAACCGACGCCUCAAAUCCCAGAUCUUGCUUAAGAAAUACCUCAUGAAAAGGCGCUGGAAGAAAAACUUCAUCGCCGUCAGCGCUGCCAACCGCUUCAAGAAGAUCAGCAGCUCAGGGGCCCUGAUGGCGCUGGGGGUCUGAGCCCCCCCGGGGCAGCUGGAGCCUGGACGCAGCCACAUGGGGCCCGGGGCUGAGGCCACACAGUCCCGCAGGCCAGAGCGGAUGGCCGGAUCCCCAGCGCGGCCUGGCCAGGACAAGGCAGCGCCAGGCUGGGAGGCUCGGGGCUCCCCACGCCCCCACGCAUGGACCGCUUCCCCCGACAGAGACGCCUCGGAUGUGGCCCGAAUCCAUCCCGCUAAAGCCUCCUGGGUGGGGGCCCUGGACCUGAUGUUCGCUCCGACCCCCAGCUGUGGCGCGCCCGGGGACACCCCAGCCCCGGCCUGGGCACGCUCCCGGCUGGGGUGGGGGAGUGGCGGGGGCACUCAGCACAUCGGGCUGCUGUGGUUCGGGGCAGGAGGACUCGGGGCAGGGCAGGAAGGCAGCCAGGCCCUCCUGAGUCCAGCUGGCAGGGGAGACAGAGGCGGCUUUGUGCGGAGGGCCUCGAGCCCCCGCCCGCGCCCCACGCCCAGCAGAUAAGGCCCCCGCGCGCGAGCACCAUCUGGCCCGGGCCUGGCCCCCGCCCACCUUCCUCGCGACCACCAACACACAGGAACUCGGUGUGAGAGAGCACGGACGCCCAGCCCGGGCUUGGGGGAGUGGGGAGGGGACGGCCCAGGGGACUCGGGAGACCACCCCCAGUCUUGCCC